UCGAAGGAACCGUUCAGCGGAAAAAGCGAAGUAGAACACAGAGUGAAGGAAUUUCGUUCAUUUGCACCUUCCCGCCCAGUCAGGCAGUGAGAAUCUGGUGAAAGAUGCCGAGUGAAAUGAUAACGCUUCAAUUGGGCCAAUGUGGCAAUCAGAUUGGCUUCGAGUUUUGGAAGCGUCUGUGCAUGGAACAUGGAAUCUCACCGAGUGGAGUACUCGAGAUGAAUGCCGCCGAGGGAGUGGACCGGAAGGAUGUGUUCUUCUACCAGGCGGACGAUGAGCACUAUAUCCCGCGGGCUGUUUUGCUGGAUCUGGAGCCCAGAGUCAUCAACACCAUCAUGACAUCUCAGUACGCGAAGCUCUACAACCCUGAGAAUGUGUAUUUGUCGAAGGAUGGCGGCGGUGCUGGGAACAACUGGGCCUCUGGAUUUGGUCAGGGCGAGAAACUGCAGGAGGAAGUGUUUGAUAUCAUCGACCGCGAGGCGGACAACAGCGACAGCCUUGAGGGUUUUGUGCUGUGCCACUCAAUUGCCGGCGGAACCGGCUCUGGCAUGGGCUCAUAUAUAAUGGAGCGUCUCUCUGAUCACUUUCCCAAGAAGAUUGUGCAGACGUACAGCGUCUUUCCGAACCAGGAUGAGAUCAGCGACGUUGUGGUGCAACCGUACAAUUCACUUCUCACCCUCAGACGUCUCACAAGCUGUGCUGAUUGUGUGGUGGUGCUGGACAACACUGCGUUGAACCGCAUCGCCACGGAUCGCCUUCAUCUGGAGAACCCGACCUUCACGCAGAUCAACACUCUCGUGUCCACAAUCAUGUCCGUGAGCACCACCACCCUCAGGUACCCAUCGUACAUGAACAACAAUCUAAUUGGGCUGAUUGCGCCCCUGAUUCCCACGCCUCAGCUGCACUUCCUCAUGACCGGCUACACGCCGCUGACCACAGACCAAGACCAGACGGUCAACAUCCAGAAAACCACUGUCCUCGAUGUGAUGCGUCGUCUGCUGCAGCCAAAGAAUAUGAUGGUGUCCACGGGACCGGACAAGACUAAUCAUCACGUGUACAUUUCCAUCCUGAACAUCAUCCAGGGAGAGGUGGAUCCCACGCAAGUGCACAAGUCACUGCAGCGGAUCAGGGAGAAGAAGUUGGCCCAAUUUAUCCCAUGGGGACCAGCGAGCAUUCAAGUGGCACUGUCCAAGAGCAGCCCUUAUGUUCAAAACAGCAGCCGAGUGUCCGGCCUGAUGCUUGCCAAUCACACCAGCAUUUCAUCGCUCUUCGAACGUUGUCUGAAUCAGUAUGACAAGCUGAGGAAGCGUGGAGCUUUCCUGGAUCAGUUCCGGAAGGAGGAUAUGUUCAAGGACGAUCUAUCUGAGCUGGAUGACUCUCGAAAUGUUGUCGACUCUCUAGUGCAGGAAUACAAUGCAGCCACCAAGUCUGAUUAUCUCCAAUGGCACCCUCGCCAACCUGUUGAAUAGUCAUCAUGAGGAAUCUCAAGCACUCACCCACGCCACGAUUUUCAAGUUUUCGACAUCACUUCUGUGAGCAUUUUCUUUUAUAAAAUUGUGUUCAACAUCAUACUUUGAUUUAAUAAUGUGAUUAAUUGAAUACACAGUCAUAAUACACUUAUAGAAACUUACAAAUAUCUCAACAGAGUGAUUCAAUUGAUAUUAAUUUAAGAGGGGUUAUCCUUUUUAGAUCCAUUUGGUCUCAUUAUAGCUUUCUAAAGUAAAACUGUUGAGUAGAGUGUCUGCGGGGAAGACACAGAGGAAUAAGAAAUGUUUGUUUUCUCUAAUUGACUCAAAAGAGCUGCCAUGGAUAAGUUGGGAUGGGACGACAAAAGCAAGAUAUAAUUCUCAUAAUGUUGAUGAAACCU